AUGGACCUCGGUCACAUUAUUGGCGAGGAUCGGUUGGUAAUGCUCGACUGUCUGUCCUGCACUGCUUCGUCUCACUUGCAGCCGUCAAACUCGUAUUUCACAAGCACCGUCUCAAGUUACUUUGCUUUGCCUUCGUUUCUCAAAGACUCUUCGUCCCACGUUCCCUACAAGAUUCACAGCUGCUACUGCUACGCAUGUAUCUCUCUCAUCCACGUGGCGGAACACCAGCACAUCACAUCCGAACCAGCACGGACCGUUUCAUUGCUUUUUUAUCUUUUCAUCAAAGGUACCCCUGAAACGACCAACAACUCGUCCUCUUUCCGGUAUUGUGCGCCGUGA